UAGUCAUUUUCUCCAGCUUUUUCAUUCCUAUUUUUUAUCCAUUCAUUUCCUCCAACGUCAAACCUCCAUUGGCUUCCCUUCCUAUACUGCCCAGUUCAAUCGAUCCUUUACCGCUCCAUCCCACGGCAUCGGCUUCAUCGCCGGAAUCUUCCUCGUAGAAAUUGAUAUCAUCGUCACUGAGUUCGGAAUCAAAGUUAUUGGCGAGCAUGCGUCCCACGGCCCGGUAUUCUCCUCGUGUAUCUCGUUGUGGACGUCGUUUGCGGCAUCGCAAACAGCAAAAGCAAGUGACCAGGAGGAAUAGAAUAAUGUAGAGCAAUGGAUGUUGAUUCAUCAAUUCCAAUCCUUUGCAUGUCAGUGUAUUGCAGGAGGAGGAAUCAGUAUCGGCAAUUUUGGGGGGACUGGUUUCCACGGGCUCGGGCGUCGCCAGUGGCUGUUUGGGAGGCGCACUGGUGGUCGACGAGGGAGUGGCAUCGGGAUCGCCUGGCAGAGUCUCCUUGGUUGGAAGAGUUUCCUUGGUUGGCAGCGUUUCCUUGGUUGGCAGAUUUUCGGGUGGUUUCGUGGACGUCUCAUCCUCUGCGACCGGUUCUUCUUUUUUGGCUGGUGGCAUGGUCGUAUCACCAGGUGGAGCCGUGGUGGGUGGUUCUGUGACUUCGGAUAUUAUUAAUGGCGUGUCUGUUGCUGCUUUGGGUGCUUUGGAGGCUUUCUUGUGCGCUUUGACGUUAUCACUCUUCAUCCGCCUAUCUCGUGUUGUUGCUGAGGAUAGCAAGGGAUCGUGGGCGGAUUGAGUCGCAAUGACUAGAUCUGGUUCAACAUUUCCUCUCUCUUCUUCUCGACUAAUAAUUGUACCAGAACCUCUAUCAUAGAUAAUCGAUGGGUCCAUAUCCACAGCAGUACUAGUAGCUUGCUCUAUCCAACCUUCUUGCAGAGGCUUCCUCGGAGUUGGAUCGUGUGACGAUGGCGACUCCUUAUCCACGCCUUGUUGGAAGGAGCUACCUCGGAGAGACAUGGCGCCUUGACGACUGGUACUCAUCAUUGGCGUUGUUAUCUUGCUAUUGUUAUUGGCCUUGUCCAUUAUCUAUCUUGUGCUUCAGGUUAGUGACGAUCUACUAUUGAGUAAUAUCUAUGGUAGCAACAGUCAACAGGAGUGUCGAUGGUCCAAGAUCUUCGGCUGCGUGAUAUUAUUGUGGUGAGGAGCGAGGAAUGACGAUGAACGAAGAGUCCUAUCUUUUUAUUUUACGUUUGUCCGGACGCUUUAUUGUGGGAAGCCUGUCGAAAAUUCGUUCCCCAACCGUCAACAUGACUGUUGCCUCUUCACAAAGUGCCCCAAAUUCAAUUUUCAUUUUUGCUCACACACCCGCCGUCUGCAGUCCGGUAGUAUCUGACAGCACAUGCAAACACUAACCAAAGGCAUUGGCACUUGCUUAGCUAGUAGCUAGCUAGACACCUUCACAGCACUACAACAGAUCAUCUAUCGGAGAGAUGAGAGAUCUGAUGACCAACAGUAGAGAGAAAGCAAAGCAAAAGAAGAAACAGUUCCACUUGAUUGGCAUUGGCUUUGUCCUGGGCUUUAUCGUUUCAUCAGUGGCCAUUCUCAAUAUCCAAGUUCUCUUGCACAGAUUGCGGCAGCAGCACCAUGGAUCCUCCAAUGAAACAGGAUUACUACAUAUAGAUGAUGAAUCCAAUACUGACAGUCCAGUAGCCAUCCAAGCCACCAGCUUUUCAGAUUCAUCGCCAGAUGGAUCAAAAGUAUCGCCACAGUUACAAUCUUCAAGGGCUCUAUCAUCAUCUUUGAACAAUGUGCGAAUAUUGGUGGCCAUUGCAGCCUUUGAUUUCAACCAGAUUCCGCACCUGGAAAGUAUCCUCGAUUCCUAUCAUGAUAUUUGCGUCGCCGGGGCCAAAGUCGAUGUCGUUGUGCAUGCUACCGUGGCCUACCCCGUCACCUUUAUCGAUCUCCUCAAUAGUCGAUUCACCUGUCAGGACUUUGCCAUUCAAAUCGUAUUGAAACCACCCUCGGUUCGACUCCAUUUGGUGGAUUGUCAUCGACAACUCUUUUACGAACGCAUCCACGACUAUGAUUUGUUUGUUUACACCGAAGAAGAUAUCCAAGUCACGCCUCGCACGGUGGCCACCUAUCUCGAGGAAACCCAUCGUGUGCAGCAACUAUUGGAGGGAUCCACCCAAUACCACCCUUCGGACUUUAAUGUGGGGAUUGUGCGAUAUGAAUACAAUUAUCCGAGUAAUGUGGUGAUUGAUGACAAGACACGACAUGCCGUUCAGAAUGUCACGCGGGUCUACUGGGAACAUUCCAGUUACAAAGGAUCGCUGAUACCCAAUGGAAUUGAUCAAGUAGCGCAAGAUAGCAAACUGCAAGAACGGUAUGUCGGCAUGAAGAACCAUCAUCAAGGCAUGUUCUUGGCCACACAAGACUUGCUGCUGGCAUGGAAAGACAGACGUCACUGUAACUUUGAUGUGGUCAAGAAUCGGCCGGGGGUAGGCGGACAACCAGCCGAGGGGACUCAGCGAGUUUGGAUGUCCAGCCAACAACUCUUUGGCAAACGACAUUGCAAUGUCCAGCAGGUCCUGCCAAAAGACAAGUUUGGAGCACUCACAGUACUGCAUGUCCCCAACAAAAACUAUCGUAGAGUUGGAAAGUACCGUAAGCGAGUCUUCUCGGAUGGGACCGAGGAGUUCGAUCAGACCCCUGACCUAUUGACGGCCCUCCAAUUGCACUUGGCAAUACGCAAAGAGUGGCCCACAAAGCCACAGCAUCCCUACCGAGGGACUAUCACCAUGAUUGACGAAGUGACACAAAAACGGACGCAACUUUUGGAGAGGCGAAUGAAAGAAUACCGCGACUAUGUCAACCGAGGGGGGACUCUGAGCGACUAUGACUUCACCAGAACUCUUUUGGUUGAGGAAGAGUAGCUCUCUACUAGAAAGUCAUCCGGUAUCUACAGGAGGCUCCAAGCGUUCACAGUUCCUGGCUAUUGUUAUCAAUUUGCUAAGUGGGGCUCAGGACAUGUGAUUGCUUGCAAAUAUCUGCGUAUCACUCGUGCAAAGAGUAUAUAUCACAGCUUAACAUGUACAAUACAGCUUUUAACAUCGCUCCACAUGAGCCCUGCCCUGAUACUUCAUCUAUCUUCACACUUCCUCCUAUCUCGUUGAGGGG